AUGAUUUCCCGAAAUCUCGUCAAGGUUGGUGGUUACACCAAAGACCCAAGUGGUGUCAGAACUGAACUCGAUUUUUUGCGCAAGGUGGAAAAGGCGAACCAAGGAACCAAGGCGCAGAUCCGGACGAAGCUGAUGCACGGAAAGGAUGAGAUGGCUACAGCAACCUGGCUGAUGAGUGGAAUAGAGUCGACAACUCUUUGGUUUCCCCCCAGCAAAGGCUACUGA